CUUCACUGCAAAGAGCAACUGGGAUUCCCAUCCCUGUCUGACAAGCUGUGAGAAGAAGUUUUUCCUCAGAUCUGAGCUUGAAGAAAGGGAACAAGUCAGUCAGCCUUCGUGGUCAGAAGCCUAGCAACUAUAGAACUCUGACUUAGGCAGAAGAAAAGGAAGAUGAAAGCAAAAUCCCACAAGAACACAGAAGGUCUUUGAGAGAAUGACCUCCUCCAUAAGCAAGGGGCCACGUGGCAUAUCCAGAAGUCCUAGAACUGACUAUCCAGAUGAAAACUAAGCCAGUGGAAGCCUACAUGGUAAAGUUUUGCAUUUGCUGCUGUGACCCAUCUCAUCUUACCAUACUUGCAGAGAAACCUGAGACCAUGAGGAGCAGUCUUACACUAGUAGGAACCCUUUGGGCCUUCCUGUCUCUUGUUACUGCUGUGGCCAGUUCUACCAGUUACUUCCUGCCUUACUGGCUCUUUGGAUCCCAGCUAGGGAAGCCAGUGUCCUUCAGCACAUUCAGGAGAUGCAACUACCCUGUACGUGGAGAGGGGCACAAUCUGAUCAUGGUGGAAGAAUGUGGGCGCUAUGCCAGCUUCAGUGCCAUCCCAAGCCUUGCUUGGCAGAUGUGCACAGUGGUGACCGGGGCUGGCUGUGCUCUGCUACUACUAGUGGCACUGGCUGCUGUACUGGGCUGCUGCAUGGAGGAACUUAUCUCCAGAAUGAUGGGGCGUUGCAUGGGAGCAGCACAGUUCGUAGGAGGACUUCUGAUAAGCUCAGGCUGUGCAUUAUACCCCUUAGGAUGGAAUAGCCCAGAAGUAAUGCAAACAUGUGGGAAUAUCUCCAAUCAAUUUCAGCUAGGUACCUGUCGGCUUGGAUGGGCCUAUUACUGUGCUGGAGGAGGAGCAGCUGCUGCCAUGUUGAUCUGUACCUGGCUCUCUUGCUUUGCUGGAAGAGAUCCCAAGCCUGUCAUGUUGGUGGAGAGCAUCAUGAAGAACACCAAUUCCUAUGCCAUGGAGCUUGACCACUGCCUCAAACCUUGAUCUUUGGAAAAGGAUUGAUUACAUAGGGUUGGGGAAGGGAGGGAAAGGAGUCCUGGAAAGAGGUACUAAGUCAGGACAAGUUGGCAUCUGCCUGGUAGUAGUAUAGCCUAGUGUUUGCAUGCUUUUGAGCCAUUUGUCAUCCAUUUUCACUUUCUCAGAAAAUAGGUCAGUGGCUAUUUGCAACAUUCAGAUAGAACAAUUGUUCUCUUAAACAUUUACCCAAUAAGUUUUCACUGACUCUAUCUUUUAAAUUCCAAUUCAUUUGUUUACAAAAGCAAGAAAAUUCUUACUUGAAAGGUAACUGCACAACCAAGAAUCUCUUCAGAUUUCUAUAGCUGCUGUCUCCCACAUACUUGCAAGCUUAAUGGAUGAGUAUGAGCAGUCAUACCAGAAGAGACAAGGAGAAAGACAGGGCUGGUUUCUAUACCUCCAUAUGGCUGUCUCCCCUGAUAUUUACUGCUAAUUCCAAAUAUAUCUGGAGUGCCUCUGCUGAUUUUUUUUGUGAUUUUUCUCAGGAUGAUACCUUUUUUGUUUUCCUUCAUUCUCCAUUGUGGGAAAGCUUAGCAGGAGGGUAAAUAUCAGCAUUAGUCAAGUUUGCUUGUAUAUUGUCUGGGCCCCUUCCACAUUUUGCUUUAAAAUAUUCAUAGGAGUUCUUUUUUUU